AUUCAUAAUAGAUAAGAAAUUUUAACUACAAUCAAUUGAUAAUGACCCAUUUAGUGAUAUAAUUUACUAUAAAAUAGGACUUUAAUAAUUAUUUUCUCGACAAAAAAGUUUGAUUUUAGUUUAAGAACGUUUUUUUAGAUUUGAACGACAAAAACAUGAACGAAAGAGGUUAUGAUGUAAGCGAUAUUCCAAAAUACGGUUUAAAAUUAAAACUUGACCAUGAAUAUCCUGAAAAUUGGAGUCAAACUCGUGUACCCACAUUCGGACAAUUAUGGCAAAUGUUACAUUUAAUAAUAAGAUAUGUGAUUUAUUAUUUAAAAAUAAGAUUCCAAGGUAGACGAGCUGUUAUGGAUUAUGUUAGACCUGAAAGAGCUAAAAGAAUUUAUGGUGUUCCUUUGGGGGGAAUUGGUUGUGGAACCAUCGGAAGGGGUUAUAAAGGUGAAUUUUGUAGGUAUCAAUUAAAACCAGGCAGAUAUGAAUAUGAAACUAUCGAUGCUAAUCAGUUUAUUGUUACAAUACAAGAUGAAAAAAGAAAAACCAUUUUUCAAAGCUUAUUGUCCACAUAUGAAAAAAAACCGGAUGUUUUAACAAGUUGGAGAUCUUUUAUCGAUCCCAAACUUUGUAAUUACACCGGCUUAUACCCGAGAGCUUGGACUGAAUUUGAUUUGAGUCAAUAUGGUGUUAAAUUAAUUUGUAGACAAAUUAGUCCUGUAAUACCACAUAAUUAUAAGGAUUCAUCUUUACCAUGUGCUGUUUUUGUUUGGAACAUUCAAAACACGUGUGAUAAAGAAAGAUUUGUUACAAUUACAUUUACAUUUAAAAAUGGAAUUGGUACCAAAGAAGAUAAAUCAGCUACAUGUAGUUUAAAACAAUUUUCAUAUUUGGAUAAUGAAGGAGUUUUAAUUUAUAACACAAUCGAUAAAUUACCUUGUUGUUAUGCGCUUUCUAUAAGAAAAAAAGAUGACUUGGAAAUUUCUAGAUUAUUACACUUUGAACCAAAAGGUGAUGGAAGAGAUGUAUGGCUUCCGCUUUUAAAACAUGGCAGAUUUGGCAAAGUUGUUGAGAAAAACAAAGAUGAUCAUGUUUUUGGUGAAGUUGGUAGCGCAAUUGCUGCGCAAAUCCAUGUUUUACCUCAACAAAGCGGUGAAAUCGAAACUUGUUUAGUUUGGGAUAUGCCCAUAGUUUAUUUCCAUGAUAGAGUUCAAAAAUAUUUUAAGUAUUAUACAAAAUUCUUUGGAAGUGAUAAACCCGCUUUAAAAAUCGUUGAUUAUGUAUUUAAAAAUUAUAAACGUUGGGAAGAAGAUAUUUAUAAUUGGCAAGAACCAGUAUUAAAUAAUAAUAAUUUACCUGAUUGGUAUAAAUCUGCUUUGUUUAAUGAAAGUUAUUUUAUUUCGGAUGGUGGGAGUAUUUGGGUUACCUUAGAAAAAGAAGAAGUGGCUAAUUUAAAUCAAAAUGAUCCAAGGAUCGAAUACGGUAAAUUUGCUUAUUUAGAAGGACACGAAUAUCGCAUGUACAACACUUACGAUGUUCAUUUUUACGCAUCUUACGCUUUAAUUAUGAAUUUUCCUCAUUUACAACAAUCGAUUCAAUACCAAUUUAAAGAUGCAAUUUUCGCCGAGGAUAAACGAAAAGUUUGGAUGCUUUAUGAUGGAAAAACGGUCGAGAGAAAAGUUAAAAAUACAGUUCCCCAUGACUUAGGAGAUCCAGAAUUUGAGCCAUAUUCACUUUUAAAUGGUUAUCCAAUACACGAUGUUAGCGAAUGGAGAGAUUUAAACGUAAAAUUUGUCUUGCAAGUUUAUAGAGAUUACAAAUUAAUGAAAUCAAAUAAUUUCUGUGAUCCAAAUCAGUAUUUAAGCGAUUUAUAUGAUGCUUGUAAAACCGUUAUGGCGUUUACUUUGAAAUUUGAUUCCGAUCAUGAUGGUUUAAUUGAAAAUGAAGGGAUGCCCGACGAAACUUACGAUAGUUGGGUUAUGAAUGGAACGAGUGCUUAUUGUGGUGGUUUAUGGUUAUCUGCUAUUUAUUCAAUGAUGGAAAUAACGAAAGUAUUAGGAAAAUCGGACGAUUAUGACUUUUAUAAAGAAAUUUUCGAUCGUGGUCAAAAAUCGUUUGAAAAAAAAUUGUGGAAUGGAAAAUUUUACAAUUUCGAUUGCGGGUCUAAAAAUCCAUCAGAAACUAUUAUGUCUGAUCAACUUUGCGGCCACUGGUAUUUAAGAACGAGCGGAUUAAAAUACGAAGUUUUCCCUGAAAACCAUGUUAAAAGCUCUUUAAAAACGAUUUUUGAAAAUAACGUUUUGAAGUUUGCUAAGGGGCAAAUGGGGGCUGUUAACGGAUUUUUAACCACAGGAAAAGUCGAUAAGAUAUCUGUACAAAGUGAAGAAAUGUGGACUGGUGUUACUUAUGGUUUAGCUGCAAAUAUGAUUUAUGAAGGAAUGGUGGAUGAAGCUUUUCAAACUGCAGGUGGUCUUUAUAAGACAAUGAGGGACAAAUUGGGAUUAGCUUUUGAAACUCCUGAAGCUUUGUAUGAGAAGAAUUAUUAUAGAAGUAUUGGUUACAUGAGACCACUUAGUAUUUGGUCAAUGCAAUUAGCUUUAAAUGAAUUAAAUCAAAAAAAAUAGUUUAAUUAUGUAUUCUAGCAAGAUAUGUUUUGUGCAGAUUUUAAUUAAUCAAUAAAUUAAAUUAAAAUGUGU